AUGGAUGGCCAGGGUGAUCGAGGAGACGUUCAGGGAGGGGAGGUGAGGUGGUACGUGAUGACAGACGAUGACACGGUGUUGUUUGUUGACAACUUGGUUGGAGUUUUGUCAAAGUAUGAUCACAACAAGUACUUUUAUGUUGGGAUGAACUCAGAGUGCUUUGUGUGCAAUGUUGUUCACUCAUUUGGGAUGGCAUUUGGUGGAGGUGGAUAUGCCCUGAGCUAUCCCCUGGCCAAGGCUGUGGCUGAGAACAUGGAUUUGUGCCUCAAGAGAUAUCCAUUUCUCUAUGGGAGUGAUCUCAUUCUCCAAUCAUGUAUUGCUGAUUUAGGAGUCUCUCUCACUCAGGAGCCUGACAUACGUAUGUCAACUACAUUUGAACAUAACAUAUACAUUGAUUUCACAGGAGACAUCUCAGGGCUGCUAUCAGCCCACCCCCACUCUCCUCUGGUGUCACUCCACCAUCUGGACGCAGUGGAGCCGUUGUUCCCCUCGACCAACCGCACCGAGUCACUAAGCCUGCUGAAGCAAGCCGCAGCAGUCGACGAAUCGCGACUGCUGCAGCCGAGCACAUGCUAUCUGAAGAAAUACAACUAG